UCUAUGUAUGUUGAAAGCGAAAAACGAGCAGUUAAUCAAUAAAAUCGAGGGAAUCAUUGUUUACUAUAAGCUGAAAGUAAAGUGACUGGCAUAAAUAUUGUUUGUACAAUGCACAAUAGGAAGUUUCAAAUUAACUCGAACCCUUUAACGUAAUUUUUGAUCCUUGGCCCUCAAGAAGAUUCCGAGUUUCAACAGAUUAAAUAGAAGAGCUCCAUGAACUCUCUUCACAGACAUUUCGUUUUUUGCAUAACUAUGGUUUUCGUCUCAAAUAGUGGGGAUAAUUAUCGCAUCGCAAGAGGAUCCUCACCGCGUGAAAGAUAUGAAGUGGUGAGAAUAUUCAGUGCAGAAAGAACUCUUGCUCAAACUUGUCGAAGCAAUUAAUGUUAAUUCAGUUUUAUUAAACUGCAGUGAAAUGGGUAAGAAGGAAGCACCACUUUUCGUCAUUGAAAAUAAUAUCAUAAAAGCUCAAAAUCUGCCUCCUCCGAAAGAAGAGGGGCGCCUAAAUGAACUAUUGUUGGACAAUUUGAAGAAAAAUCCAGACUUUGUUGGACAAAUUGAUGCUGAAACGGGAGAAAUCAGAACAUACAGAGAAUUAGCCGAUGAAAGUGUUCGCUGUGCAAUAUGGCUUCAAAAAGAAGGAAUAGGCCCAGGUGACAUCAUCGCUCUGUGCACCCACAAUAGCCUUGCAGUAUGGGCUCCUUAUUGUGCAACUUUCUACAUCGGAGCGAAUCUUAAUCCAUGGUUCCACGAUUGGUCACCUGAUACGGCAAGAUACUUUGUGAAUCUUACGAAACCAAAGGUGAUUUUCGCCAACGAGGAUGCUGGUAAAAUGCUCAGAGAAAUACUCAGAGAGGAGAAUGUUGAAUCGAAAAUCAUAGUUUUUGGUAAUGUUCCUGGAUUGGAAUCUUUCGACGAUAUUAUUAAAAAACAGAGUGCAGACGAAGUGGACAAUUUUCAGUGUCACCCAGUAAAUCCAGAAGAUGAUGCCUUAAUGUUAUUUUCAUCAGGAAGCACUGGUUUUCCCAAAGGUGUUCAACACUCGUAUCGAGGAUUAUAUUACAAUACGUAUCGAUUUAGUAACUUAUUUGAAAAAUCGGAGAAUAUGGUUUUGAUGUGUAAUUCAUCACUGUACUGGAUAUCCGGAUCUUUAUGUACAUUAUGGAGCAUAUUGUACGCAUUUCAAGCUAUUAUCGUGAACAAUCUAACACCGGAAGGGCUUUGCAGAAAUGUCGAAAAGUUCAAGGUGCAGUUCGUAUUUGCUGGGACAGGAUUUAUAAAUGAACUAUUUAAUUCUUAUCAAAUAAUGACAAAAUUUGAUUUAUCUUCAAUAAAAUACUUUAUGACGGGCGGCUCAAAAGUGCGAGCGGAAAUCACAAAAAGAAUUAAUAGUGUAUUUAAGAAUGCUGGCGCUGAUGGUGAAAUUCUUCAAGGAUACGGUCUCACAGAAUCAGGUGGAGUUAUAUCUAUCCAACGAAGAGGUCACAAUAAAUAUGAGUCUUGCGGAAUCUUAUCCUUUGAUAUACAAUUGAAAAUAAUAAAUAUUAAUACUAAAGAAAUCCUAGGAGCCAAUCAGGUUGGUGAGAUUUUUAUCAAACAGACGCAUAUAAUGAAGUUUUAUUUCAAAAAUCCAAAGGCCACUAAAGAAGUAAUUGAUGAUGAAGGUUGGCUUCACACUGGAGAUUUGGGCUAUUAUGACUUGGAGGGCAACAUCUACAUCGUGGACCGAUUAAAGGAGGUGAUAAAAUACAGAGGGCAUCAUGUUUCUCCAAUAGAAAUAGAAAGUCUACUUGCCAAACAUCCCGAAGUAUUGGAUGUUGCUGUUGUUCCUGUACCUCACUCAGUGGACGAUGAACAUCCAAUGGCUUUCGUUGUAAAGGCUAAAAAUUCAGAUGUAAUUAGAAAGAAAUUAUUUCAAUUUUGA